AUGAAAGAGGAAAAUACUAAGCCUAGUGAAUUCACUUUGGUGAGCUUGUUGAAUGCUUGUGGACACUUAGGAGCACUUGAUAAAGGGAAUUGGAUUUACAUGUAUGUUAAGAAGAACAAUGUGGAGUUGAAUGUUAUUAUUGUUACUGCAAUUAUAGACAUGUAUUGCAAUUGUGGAAACUUUGACAUGGCGUCGCAUGUUUUUGUAAGUCUCUCAAAUGAAGGGUUGUCUUCUUGGAACUCUAUGAUUUUGGGCUUAGAUACUAAUGGAUUAGAGGAUGAUGCAAUUAAGAUAUUCGCAAGUCUACAAUGCUCAAUUCUGAAACCGGAUUCUGUGACUUUCAUCAAUGUACUAACCGCGUGCAAUCACUCAGGAUUGUUGGAUCCAAAUGAAAACAGUGGCUAUGUAUUGAUGGAAAAUAUAUAUGCAACCUCAGGCUUGUUUGAAGAAGCUUUGGAUGGAAGGAUAUCAAUGGAAGAGAAACAUAUAGCGAAAGAACCGGGAUGCAGUCCACUAGAAAUUACUGGUGAAGAUCAUGAGUUUGCUUCUGGUAGAAAGUUAUAUUCUGAGUUCCAUGAUAUAUAUUCUUUGAUGCACUAA